AUCCUGAUGUCAAACCCUAACCAGACAAUGGUGACUGAGUUCAUACUGCAAGGGAUCUCAAAACACCCCAGUCUGAAAUUGCUCCUAUUCUGUUGCUUCCUGUCUCUCUACAUCAUAGCACUCAUAGGCAAUGCUCUGAUCAUUGCUUUGGUCAGCUCAAGCACUGGGCUCCACAGCCCCAUGUACUUUUUCUUGAGUAAUUUGGCCACUAUGGACAUUAUCUGCACCUCCUCUGUGCUGCCCAAGGCUCUGGUUGGCCUAACGUCUGAAAAAAACACCAUAUCCUUCCAGGGCUGUAUGGUACAGCUCUUCUUCCUCAUCUGGUCUUUAUCCUCUGAGCUGCUGCUGCUCACAGUCAUGGCCUAUGACCGCUAUGUGGCCAUUUGCUUUCCCUUGCACUAUAGCUUCAGGAUGAGCCCAUGGCUGUGUGGGGCCCUGGUCAUGGGUGUGUGGACCAUUUGUGCCCUGAAUGCUUCUGUCCACACUGGUCUGAUGACACGGCUGUUGUUUUGUGGACCCAAUGUCAUCACCCACUUCUUCUGUGAGAUCCCUCCACUCUUGCUUCUCUCCUGCAGCCCCACACAUGUGAACAGCAUCAUGACUCUCAUGGCAGAUGCCUUCUAUGGAGGCAUCAAUUUUCUGCUCACCAUGCUGUCUUAUGGCUACAUCAUCACUUGCAUCCUACGCAUGCACUCAGCUGAGGGCAAAAGGAAAGCCUUCUCCACCUGUUCGUCUCACCUCAUUGUAGUCUCUGUGUACUACUCGUCUGUGUUCUGUGCCUACAUCAGCCCUGCUUCCAGCUACAGCCCAGAUAGAAGCAAAGUGUCUGCAGUCCUGUACUCAAUCCUGAGUCCCACUCUGAACCCCCUCAUCUAUACACUGAGGAACAAAGAUGUCAAGCAUUCCCUAAGGAGAUUCUUGCACCCUUUUCAACAUUAG